AUGCACUCGAAAAAGCCGAACGGAACAUGUAUGACCCGAGAAUUCACAACAACACAACUUUUUAAGAGAGUAACAUAUACGCAACAGAAUAGAAUGCAAGAACAACAACAAGAACUGAAACAACAAGUUGGAAACUCAGAAGAUAUGAUACAUAUGAUACAUGCGAUGUCUAAAGACGAGGAAUGUGAGGAAGAAUCAAAUUCCCUGAACGUGCCGAUAAAAAGGAGUAGACAAAAACUAACUGGAUUACAAGUACAAGUUGAAUGUGAGGAACGUAGUGUACAACAAGUUUAUGACUGUUACGAGAACAAUCAGGAUGACUACGAGGAUGAUAUCGACAGUGACAACAGACACAAUCCAACUUCGGACCCAGGCUAUCUUGAACUAAUGAUCGACGAAGUGAAGACAUAUUCCGACGAUGAGAUCAUGGAAGAAUGCAACGAGCAUGGUUUAGAAGAUAUUUCAAGUGAUGAUGAUGAAACAAGCUGA